UUAACAGAUGCGUGGCUGGGAUUAAUUUAAAAAAUUAAUAAAUGUACACGUAAGUACAUAAGGAACAUAUGGAUUAAACCAGCACUUUACUCAUAUUUCGUCAGUUCCAUUCCCAGAAUGCAACCGCAACCACUGUCCCGUAACUUCUUGCCAUGCUUGCCAAGAGCGCAACCCAGCGGCCGGAUCUAAUCAUACGGUCUGCACUAGAUCUCAGCAACAUGAUACACUUAGGCAUAUGAUAAUGACUAAUCAAACAUGGUUCUGUUCAGGCAUCUUCAAGCGUGCACCUCUCAAACGCAGUUUGGAUUCUGCUGAGUAGUUUCGAAGAGACCGACACGAAACCUAUGGACGAUUUUUUUCAUGACAUAUACAUUCCUCUGGAUUGCGAGUUUCUAGUCACACACCGUCAAAACAAUGACGUCAUCAUCAGCGAAGUUUACCACUUAAACCGAGAUCUUCCUCUGAGCAGAAAUUACUUCGGAACGUGGCGCCAGGAUGUAGGACUUACCCUGACAAACAUCAGCUUCUUCGAACGUAGAAAUGAUCUGCAAGGAAUUGUCAUGAAAGUUGCUACUAUGACAGAGCCACCAAUUACCGUUGUGAAGAAGAUUAACAACAGGGUAAUUCUCGAGGGGUUCUUCGGUGAAGUGUGGCAUAUUUUGGAGCAAAGGAUGAACUUUACGUCAGCUUAUUACAUCCCAAAGGACAGAGCGUGGGGGUCGCUUACCCAGGAUGGCUCGUGGAACGGAAUGCUGGGCAUGAUACUGAGAGGAGAAACUGAAAUCUCUGUUGCCGAGUUCACAAUGACUGCUCUCAGGGCAGGGGCUGUGGACUUUACUGUCCCACUCAUCAACACCAGGAACUGUGUGCUGAUCAGGCAGAACGGACAUAAGGAUGUCAUCUGGCACGGCUUCCUGGAACCGUUUAGUCCUCAGCUCUGGAUGCUGGUGAUACUGACUAAAGUGGUGAUAGUCCUCUGCCUGAAGACGUUUAACCACAUAAAGCUGCGGUUCUUCGGAAGAAUGUCAUCAGAGUCACCAGACUCACACUGCGCUGUCUACGUCAUGGGCGUGUUCUACAUGCAAGGCGUGAACAAUCAGACGCGAUUCUACUCACAGAGGGCGCUGUAUCUCAUGGCGCAGCUAACGGCGCUGACUGUGUACACAGCAUACGCAGCCUUCCUGAUCUCCUUCCUCACCGUGCAGAAGUUCUCACUUCCUUUCAACUCUCUACGGGAACUCAUCGACAUUGGUUCUUACCGGCUGGGAGUUCUGGCGAAUUCUGGUCAGCUGAACAACUUUAAUAAUGCAACUGAUGCCCUGAUGAAGGAAGUGUACGUUAAGCUUAUAGCCCCCGACAAGGAUCAGCUACCGAUAUCUAUCGAGGAAGGUAUGCAACGAGUCUGUGACAUCGACAACUACGCAUUCAUGACGUCACUGGACGUAGUCCUGGGACUACUAGACCGCAUCACCUGCAAACUGUCCAGUGUCCUUGGCGCAUCCAUACCCGAAAGCCUGGCCAUGAGCAUUGCCAAGGGGAGCCCCUAUCGGGGUCUCAUUAAUUACAACUUACAGGCCAUGUUCCGCAGUGGCACCAUCAAGAGGUUGAAGCAACGGUCGUGGCCCAGCAAGCUGCUCCCUGAGAGACCACUUUGGCACUCAGUGGACUUCUCCAGCAUACUUCCCAUCUUCGCAAUUCUGGGUGCCGGGUUCGUGGCAUCUCUGCUGCUCCUGACCGCGGAGAUUCUUGUUGUAAGACGACGCCAGCAUGGAUAAACAAAUAUUUCCAUCUCAGUAAUGUUUUGUGUUCCACAGAAACGAACUGAACCUCGAAGUCACUAAAUGUCUCACAGUUUUAUGAGACUUUGUAUAUUGUGUAAGUCAAAGACAGUAGGUAGAGCUAGACGUUGAUUGACGAUAUUAUUA